AUGGCACCGAGUGACUCCAUCAGGGCGGCCCUGAUUGUCGUAGACAUGCAAGAAGACUUCUGUCCUCCAACCCAAGCUAACAUCAACCAGAAUGGAUCCCUUGCCGUCCAAGACGGCCGCAGCAUUGCGCCUACAAUCAACCACCUACUAACCAAGGGAUUCCUAACUCGAAUAUUCACCAAAGACUACCACCCAAAAAACCACAUAUCCUUCGCAAGCAAUCACCCACCCCCAAACAACCGCCCGUUCACAUCAACGAUCACGAUGAAUAACCCUGCCUUGGGCAAAGAAUCAGAAACAAAAUCCCAAAAAUUGUGGCCAGAGCACUGUGUAGCCGAAAGUGGAGGCGCAGAAAUAAUCCCAGAAAUUAACACAUCAGCCGCCGAUGUAAUUGUUCAUAAAGGCAUGCGCGCUGAAGUGGAGAUGUAUUCUGUUUUCGCGGAUGCUUUUGGGAACUGCGACCCUGGGAUAAAUAGCCAUUCGGUUAGGGGGGACGGUAUCACGGAUGUUUUUGUUGUUGGGUUGGCGGGGGAUUAUUGUGUCAAGGAAACUGCUGUUGAUGCUGCUAAGGCUGGGUUCAAAAGUUGGGUUGUUGAGGAAGGGACAAAGUGUGUUGUUCCCGAUUGUUGGGAAGGGGUUAAAGAUGAGCUUCGAGCUGCGGGUGUGUCUUUGGUCUCUGUUCAUGACCCUGUUGUCGAGGGAUUGUGA